AUGGGCCCCUGGAAAUUCCUCACAACCAUCCUACUACUUGGCCUCGACCAUCAGGUCAAUGGAAAGCCGUCUUUCAAGAACAACGGAACACUAGACGGGUGGGACGGUCAGAGUCUUGAAAAGGGUACACAAGGAACCAUCACAGAGUCAACAUCGCCCGUGUACAAUGGCGAUACCUCGUUGAAGAUGACUCAGACCUAUCUUCCCGACUACACUGGACGAUACCAUGCCGAGGUAUACAAGAAAAACGGCUACGUGCCCGGCGACAGCAAAUUCUACGGCUUCGCGUUCCGCCUCGAGGAAAAAUGGCAGUUCGACAAGCAGUCCUUCAACCUGGCCCAGUUCAUCGCCGACUUCACGGGCGACUCCAAAGGAUGCGACGACUGGAUGCCAAGCACCAUGAUCUGGAUGGUGGGUAACCAGCUCAAGACUCGCACCAAGACGGGCGACAUCUGCAACCAAAAGACAACCAGCUUCGACGCGGGCAAGGUAAAGGCCGGCUUCUGGCACACCGUCGUGCUCGAGGCCGCCUGGCACGCCGACGACAAGGGCCUGCUGCGAAUGUGGUUGGACGGCAACCCCGUGGUGAACAAUACGGACCUGCCGACAACCAUUGCCGACUCGAAGAAGAGGGCUUUUAGCUUUCGGGUGGGACUCUAUGCGAAUGGAUGGCAUGAUGACAAGAAGCUGAUCGGCAAUCAGAAAACACGUCAAGUUUGGUACGACGAGAUCGCCAUGGGUGAUACUUAUGAAGAUGUCGAGCCUCGACCAGACAAGAACGCAGUACAAAAGACUCCCGCUGCUGGCAAGAAUGACGGUGGUGUCGUCUACUUCUAG